AUGCUCCAAGAACCUUACACACUUUCCUCAAAUGACUUACUAGGCGAACUAGCUGACGUUGCCGUUGCUAGAUAUAUCAAAGGUCUGGUCUUCAUCUAUGGUGUUAUUGUCGCUGGAGGUUAA